AUGGAUCAGCAAGUUGUUAUUAAAAAACCCUCAAAAUUUUCCCGGAUCCUUCGAUCAAUUUUUGGCAGCUGCGGCGGGAAGUCGGUGGAGAAGACAUUAGUUGAGGAUGAAAAAGAUGGGAAUACAGAUUAUUUUUCUUCUGCUUCUUCCUUCGGCUUGGACUCGGAUUCAGCUUAUUCUUCAAAGGAAAAGGGCAGUAAAAAUGGAGAAUUGCAAAAUGAGUUUCAGAUGGUGACAGAUAACAUUAAGCAAGAACUUCAAGUGGCUGACUUGAAAAGGGAGUUGACAGAAACUACUGAAGAGAAGGAAGUAGAGAAGAUGAUCAGUGAUUUAAAGAUGGAAGCUGAAACGUUGAAUGGUGAGAAUUCAAAGCUUUUACAAGAACUUGUCACCGAAUGUAGCCAGCUGAGGGAGAAAUUGGGUGAGAGAGAAAGGGAACUUGCGAGUCACACCGAGAUACAUAAGACCCAUAAGAGUGAAACAUCAGCUCGAAUGAGGGAUUUAGAACUUGAGCUGGAUUCUCUGCGUACCCAGAAAGGAGAUGAAGUGAAGUUGCUGAUGGAGAAUCUCAGCGCGAUUGAGGAAGACUACGGCUACUUUGAGAGCCGUCUAUAUGAAAUUAUGAACGCGUUUCAAGGUGCAAAGAACAGGGUCAGAGAAUUGGAAGAGCAGCUUAGAGGUAAAACGCACGAAACUGAGACUGAUCAGAUGCCAGGGGUCCAAGAAGAAGAAGAAAGGAAGAGCUACGAAGAUGAAGAUGAAGAUGAAGAUGAAGAUGAUGAUUUUGAGUUCCCCACCUUUGCCGAUGAGAUCAAGCCUAUUUUCCCAUUUUCGGCAGAAAUGAGCUCGACGGAGUUUCGGCAUUUGAUGCGUCUCCAGCGGUGGCGCAGUCGCCGGAGAGAUGUAAGAAGAACAACAAGAAGGCCUCCGAGACCGGAAGAGUGA